UUUUCUUCAUGUAAUUUGCGUACUUUUAGUCCGCCGAUCAGCUCCAAAAGCAUUCCAGUGCAACUGAACGCACACUGCAUAUUUGCACAAAAAAAAUCGAAGGACCUGCUGUCAGUGGCGGGUUGUGAUUCUUUCUAUUAUUCGCUAGUAGCAGCAUAAUUGAUAGCAGUCGAAACGCCUAAUCAUCGGCGAACUCAAUUUCCCUCGUACGGAAAAGUGUUUUCCAGGUGGUGUGGAACUUAAAAUAGCACUUACCGUUGCCGGCGCCCUUCGAGUUAGGUGUGUAUAGAUUGUGUGUGCGUAAAGAUUGCGUCCGCCUGCCUUCGAUCACAAUCAACCAUUUCUUCCCUCUUCUCUACGAUAAGAUCUCGGCCGUCCGACUGCGCUGACUGGCUGGCUGGCACAAGACAGCGUUAUCUAGCGGGCAAAUCAAUUGCAGCAACAGAGGGAAGAAAAAAAAAACCAAAGAUUUUACAAUCGUAAAACAACACAAACGGAGGUAAUAAUGGCAGCACUUAAUCAAGCGCUCGUGUUGGCCCUCGAAACCAAUCCAAAGGAAUCGUACGUGGUGGCGGCGGAAACACUUUUGCGCCUGCUGGACAACAUUAUACGCGAGCCGCAAAACGCCAAGUACCGGACGGUGCGGAUAGAUAAUCCAUCGAUCAGGGAGAAGCUGCUGUCGGUGGAAGGCAUGAAGCAGUUGAUGCUGGCCAUCGGGUUUAUCGAAUCGAACGGAACGCUCACGGUACCGUCGAACGUGCUGCUGGCCAACCUGCGAAGGUAUCGCGAAUUUAUCCACGAACGAAAAGAGCUGAUCAAAAAUCCUCCCAAAGAGAAGGAAAUUAACAGUACGCCAGGCAUUUCGUGUAGCACCAGCGCAACAGCAAACGACAACAUUCCGCUGGAACGAACGGUCCAGAAAAGUAAACCGGAAAUGGUUCUACAGCCAUCCGGGAGUAAUAAUGCGCCCGCACAUCAACCCUCACCACCAACACAAACAGAAGCACCUUGCGUGAUUAAAUCUAGCCGACCGUUUCUGGCACGGAUCGAAUUCCCGAAGGUCGUCCAGGGUAAUAACACGUUGCUGCGCCAGCUCGAGCUUCUUUCCGACCAGGUGAUGCAGUACGAGGACGAGCUACUGUUAGCCAGCGGGAAAAGUCUCAUCCCGAUCGAAACGCUAACGGCAAAGGCGAAAGGUAAGCUGGCCCAGUGGAAACGAUUGCUAGCGUCGAACGACACUUCCGCGCAGCAGGAACCGAGUGAAGAGGAUCUGUUGCUGGCGGAACUUACCGCCUGGUUUCGGGCGGAAUUUUUCACCUGGGUCAACGCACUGCCCUGUACGGUGUGUGGCAACGAAAAAACGCAGCUGGUCCGUAGCACCGUCGAGGAUGGUGUGCGUGUGGAGAUUUAUCGGUGCUGCGGCCAGUUACGUCACUUUUAUCGCUACAACGAUGUGGAAAAGCUGCUCCAAACGCGCCGCGGUCGCUGCGGCGAGUGGGCCAAUUGUUUUACAUUCCUGUGCCGGUGUCUUGGGUACGAUGCACGGUACGUGUUCUCGACCGGUGAUCACGUAUGGACGGAGGUUUGGUCGGAGCAAAAGCAACGGUGGAUCCACGUGGAUCCGUGCGAGAACGUGUUGGACGCACCGUUGAUGUACGAGCACGGCUGGAGGAAAGAGAUUACGUACGUGUUUGGGUUCGCUCGGGACGAUGUGCAGGACGUUAGCUGGCGUUACUCGAACAAUCACAAGCUGUUGCUGCAGCGAAGAAGGGAAGGUGGUGCUUGCAGCGAGCAGGCGCUGCUGGACGCGAUCGGGAAGCUAAGGACAAAGCGACGAGCCGGGUUGAACUGCACACCGGAGAGGAUGAGCUAUUUGCGGCAGCGCACGGUUGACGAGUGUCUGGAGCUGCUGGGGAAUGCGGGAAGAGUUCCAACGGCCGCCGAACGCGAGGGUCGUAGCUCGGGAAGCUUGGAGUGGCGAUUACAGCGAGGCGAACAGCAGAUCAACACACGGUACAUGUUCAUUCCAACGCAAGAGGAAGUUCAGGCAAAGCAGUUCAACAUACGGUACUGCUGUGCGACGGAUUGCUAUGAACGAUUUUUGAAAGGAUCCAGCAAUCGGGUAAACGAAAGAAUCACCGAAAAAGCAAAUGGAUGGGAAAGCCGACAGUACGUCAGUCGGAACAUUUUCCGGAAAGAGGAGCAUGAUUGGAAAAUGGUUUAUCUAGCCAGAACUGAGGGAACCGAUGAGGCAACGAUCGAGUGGAACUUUGACUUCUCCGUGCAAGGAUUACGGGUAAAACAAAUCGAGCUUCGAUUCGGUCAGGAAACGUACGACGGAGCAAAGGUGGAGCUGUACUACAUCAAGAGUGAUGGCACCCAAUCGCAGGCUCUCUCCUCGCUCUGCGAGUGUGGUAAGUUCACCCUGCAGGCACGCCUGUCCGGCGGCAAAUCCUGGCAGCAUGCGCAGCUUUUUCGACAAUCCAAAUCCGCUACCGAUGAGUAUCCGUUCGAGAUGAACAUCGUUUUAAUGUAGAGACAGUAAGCUAUAGGACCAGGUAUCGAGCGCAAUAUCUACAACUUUUGUUUUAGAUUUAGUGUGAUAAAAUGCACCCCCCCCCCAAACCCCUACGGUACGACGUAUCGUGGAAAAUGGACCCCUGUUUUCCCGCGAACGCGAAUCAACUAGUCUCACUUUAUACACGACACGCUCACAGACACGUGCGGCGUAAUAUAAAAUUUACUCAAAAACUUC